AAAAAAUGAGCUUUCAGUUUUAUAAGCUCUGCAAAAAGUCUUGCCCUCACUUCCUUCCGUUUUACCUGUCUGACCUCAUCGUUUUCUUUCUGCAUAUUCAAUCUAUACCGCGUGCGUGUACCCCAUUUUCUUUUUCCCACUUGUCUCUCUCAUCAACACGUGCUUUUGACAAUCUCAAGCUCUUAUAAAAUGGUCCUCUGAAUUCUUCCCAAACGAACCAAAUUCUCAUUCUCUAAUCCAAGAAUCUCAUCGCCACCACCACCCGUUAUCAUCAUCAUCGUCUGCUACAAAACCAGUAAUACUAAAAAAGCUCAAAAACCCUUAUGUCUCGGAAUUGCAGAGAAAAUCCCAAAAUAUAACAUUGAGUCUGUCAAAGACUUGUAUUAACCAAAAGAAAAAACAAAAACCCAUUUCAGGUAAAUCCUUUUCUUCUUCUUCUUGUAGACCGAAUUAAGCAUGAGAAAAGCCAGGGGUUUCAAAUUGGGAUGCAAGCUCGUGAAGAUCUACAAAUGGGUAAUCCGACACAGAAGGAAACCGACCCGGACCAGGUAUCAAUGCUUAGAUCCUCCGGCUAGAGAAAGCAACCCAAUGUCCAAAUUCCUCACUUUGGCUCGGUAUCUCCGACGAGGAGCCAAGGAGCUCUGUUUUCCGAAAUCGGGUUACAUCCGGGUUGGUCAUGAUCCGGUUGAGACCAAACCGGUUGGGAUACCGAAGGGUCAUUUGGCUGUGUACGUUGGCGAAUCACAGGAUGAGACGCAGAGAUAUUUGGUUCCUGUCAUCUACUUCAACCAUCCGUUGUUUGGGGAGCUGUUGAAAGAGGCUGAGAAGGUAUACGGGUUCAAUCAUCCGGGUCGGAUCAUAAUACCAUGUGGAAUUUCAGAGUUUGAGAAAGUGCAGACGAGAAUUGCUGCAGGGAAAAACUUCAAACGGUGUCAUGGAAAGCGCAGAGAGAAUGAUUAUUGAUUAUUGACCCAGUUUGGUUAAUUUUCCAAACUUUAUGAAUAUGAUUUAAAUUUUUACCUUUUUUUUUUUUUUUUUUUUUUUUUGGCCUUUUCUCCACCACCCUCAAGUUUCUUGUUUUCCACUGAAUUAGGGGAGUGGUUUAGCUUGUACUGUGUACACAAAAAUUCUAGCAAUCACAGUUGCAGCAAUACCCAUAUAACAUAUUGUUUUGUAUAACAAUGAUGGAAAGUCAAUAUAUAACCCAGCGACCAAAAAAACAAAAAAAAGGAAAGUCAUUUUAUUCAUUUAUUAUUAUUGUUAUUUAUGGAUAUUAGAUGUUUGAAUUGGAA